GAUGGCUUGACCUUCAAGUGCUCGCAACGAUACCUUAGGAGCGUUGCCUGAAGCGUUGCUGACGUUUUCAUGUGGCGAUAUCUCGUGAUUUUAAUGGACUGAAGGCCGCAAUAAUUGGAAGAAACUAGCGAGACAUCGUAUUCUCACCAUUCAAUGCGAAAUAUAUAAAACGAAUUAUUAGUGGAUCUCACAAAAAAGGUGUAAUAAACGCGGAAGCCUUUAAUAGAAACGAAACAUCCCGAUAAUUUUAUUCACGCUUACUGCUAUAUGAUAUCAUAUAUUAUAUAAUUAUGAAAUCCUAUGUAGCCGUGGUCAUUUAUUCGGUCAAUUCAAAAAAUUCUGUGUUCCAGAAGAUGCGGGUUAGAUCUUUGAAAAUGGGUAUAGAAAAGGAUGAUGCCUUCGAUAAACUAAUGUUAUUUGUAAGUCAGUGUUGUUCAUCAAAUUUUCGAAACUUAAAGGAUUCGCUCUUCAUCUUCAUCCUUGUCUGGUCGCUCGGGUUUAUAAUAUUUCCAUGCCUAUUUCUUCAUUGUAUCAUAUCUCUUGCAACUUUUUUGAAUCUUGCUUAGGGUAUCUAUAUAGAACCAUUCUUUGUGAUGGUGAUUCUUGCGGCCUGGCACGUUGAAGUUUGUGCUUCAGCCUCUGUUUAGUUGUUAUUUGAGUAGAUUUUGUAAGGUUUGGAACCUGUUGCUGCGACCUAUUUGGAAUUAGUUGAGUUUGUCAGUAUUUUGAAGGAAGGCUGUAUUGAAUCUUUAUAAUACUGUUUCUCCAGUCGUCCAGUGCUUUUUAAACUUCAGCCUCAUCACGACCACACGCAAUUGGUGAUUUGAAGCUAUUCCAGCUCCUCUAUUUCUUCUCGCUUCUUCCAUUGAUCUGAAUGUUUUAGUGUUGCAAAUAUGAUCAGUCUGGUUCUCUGUAGCGUGAUCUUGUAAGACUCAUGUAGCUUUGUGUAUGCAUGUAUGGGGAAUAUUGGUUCGUAUAUAACCAUUUUAUUGAACGCACAUAAAUUUGCAAACCCGUCACCAUUUUCGUUUCUUUCUCCCAUUCCAUGUCAAUAUUCAUUGUGAUUCCCUUCAUUGUUUUGAAUUAUUCUCUGAUGAUUGCUCAUCCAUGAGAUCCCCAUCUUAUAGUUGCUUUUCGUGCUUCUUUGGAUAGCACCAGUAUAACUAUCUGAGUGAUUGAAGUAUUUUCCUCUUCGUGACCGAACUACAACAGCAUCCCUCCCGAAUCUAUCCUUUUCUAUCCAGCUUGGGUCGAACGGAUUUCACUGAUUACGAUCGUCGCCAAGUUGUACCUCGUCAUUUCCUCCCGGUUUCCCACGUUGUGCGUAUAUCCCAUAUACCUAUAUUAAUUGUUGCUGUGGUUGUUAGAAGGGGCAUCGGCCUCGUAACUGACGAAGAAUGAGACAUGAUAAUUCUCCUACAUAUAUAUUCUUCAAAUCGCAGGGCAGAGUUUAGAUGCUUUCUGGCAAACGUUUGUUAUCAGGGUUGUUUUCUAAGGGAUGGGGUUACUGACCACGUGCUUAACCCUCCUCUCUUUGGGCUUGGGACCGACAAUAAACCAGGAUACCUUAAGAUACUAAGGUGGCUAAUGUUAGUGAUUAGCUUCCAAAUAAUUUAGUUACGUUAGGUGUUGUGUUUCUUCUAUGAUUAGUGCUAUUGAUUCAUUCUGAUGUGAAACGAGAAGAAUUGGCUAUCAGAAUUACUAGUUAAUUAAAUUAAUAAUAUUCAUUAACCAAGUGAAGACUAUACUGGUGCCAUAUAUACAUUUUCUAAAUUUUUUACAAUAUGUAUUUUAAUUUUAGUCUUGUAGUGUAGAUCCAUCUUUAUCAUGGUCUGUUGAAGGUUCUUCUUAUAAGGAAAGAUGGAUUCCUGUAACUCCACACGCAGCCAGUGGUUUUCUUGUUUCGGACCGUAAUUCAUCAAUGAGUUCUACAUUGUCUGUUGAUUUAGAAUUAGGAACUGUUUCUGGUUCCGAAAAAUCUUGUGUUUCAUUCACUUUACGUCCAGAUUACCACGAUGACCAGGGUCUACUUUGUCUUCCAGUUUCUUCAGUUGGCGGAAUUUUGGAUGAAAUUUACCUGUACUAUCUGUUUAUAUUUGGCUACAAACCACUUCAUACAGACCACAGAACACCUCUCUAUUUAUGCCUCCCUCCAGUCAAUUCAUCUCUGCAUAAAAAUGCAACCUCCCAACCAAUCAUAGUCGGUCAUGCUGGUGCUGGUGUAAAACGUGCACACCAUGGUAAGGGGCUUGAGUGGCCUGAGAACACAAUAUGCGCCUUUCGACGUGCUGAGCAACUUGGAGUAACAAUGGUAGAAUGUGAUGCAAAUAUCACAAAAGAUUCUGAAGUCGUUUUACACCACAACUUCACACUAAGAGUAUGUGAGCAACCGAGAAGAUCUGAAAACGAUCCACCAGCCUUCAUUUUAGAACAUAAAAAUGAUGGUGUAGUAAAUGAAAAUAGCACAGAUCUGAUUGUGAACUACCAUUUAUCUGGAAUUCGCAACUUGUUGAGAAAGGUCAGUGGAACGAUCGGUAAUACAAACAUUAUCCAAAGUCAAUAUCCUAGUCCCUUAACAAUGAGUGAUCCUAUUCCAAAUAUUCAUGGUAAAGAGGCUGAACCAAUACCGUUAUUAAAAGACGCAUUCUACCAAACUUCCACAAACCUAAGUUUUAACGUAGAGCUAAAGUAUCCCAUAGAAACGCCAUAUAAUUUAAUUGCUGAAGCAUUAAUUAAACAUAAACCUGUCGAAUCUUCUUUACCAACACCAUCCUCAUAUUUCUAUAAAAUCAACAAAUUCUGUGAUACAAUAUUAGAUACAAUAUGGUUACAUGCUGGACCCAGAUACGUUAUAUUAUCUUCAUUUAACCCUGACGUAUGCCUAGCUUUAAGGUUAAAGCAAUCUUUUUUUCCAGUCUUCUUUAUUUCCCGUGGUGGUUAUCCAAAUGAUAGUAGUCACAAGUCAGAUCCUCGACACCACAACAUAUUCUCUGCAAUAAGUUGGGCACAUAUAAUGAACUUAAAUGGGAUUGUUACAGUGGGAUAUCAUUUCGGUUCGACAAAUGAUGUGGAUGAAAGGCAGAUCAAAUAUCUUGAAGCGGAUUUAGAGAGUAAACAGCUAUCUUGUUUUGUGUAUGGUGAUGGUGUGUCUGAAAUCCGUUUUUAUAGAAAAGCAUCACAACUUAACUUGACUGGAGUAAUAGUUGAUCGGUUAGAUGAAUUUAUGCAUAUGUACCAUGAACAAUGCAAAACAAGUACGCAAUUAGAGUCUUCAAACCUUUAAUUAAUUUCAUGAAUUUUAAACAUAUAUUUAAUUAAUAGACAGUAAAUUUGUACAAUUAACUUUUUCUGUAAAAAAAUGUUUACUGGUAUAAAGACAAUUUAGUUAAAGAUCGCAUGU